UUGAGCUGUUUUUGUGUCUCCCUCUGUAUUCAUAAAGUAAAAUGGCAGAAGCCAGAAUUUCAGUGGAUCAGAAUGAGUUCAUGUGUCCAAUUUGUCUGGAUCUUCUGAGGGAUCCAGUGACCACUUCCUGUGGACACAGUUAUUGUAUGAACUGUAUUACAGACUUCUGGAAUGAAGAGGAUCAGAAGAGAGUCUACAGCUGCCCUCAGUGCAGACAGACCUUCACUCCAAGACCUACUUUAGCUAAAAACACCAUGCUAGCUGAAGUCGUGGACAAACUGAAGAAGACUAAACUGCCAGCUGACUGUUACGCUGGAGCUGGAGACGUUCAGUGUGACACCUGCAAUGGAAGAAAAUACAAAGCCGUCAAGUCCUGUUUGGUGUGUCUGAAUUCUUACUGUCAAAAUCACCUUGAACAACAUGAAAGUUUCUUCAAAGGAAAGAGACACAGUUUGACUGAGGCCACUGGACGACUGCAAGAGAUGAUCUGCCGAAAACAUGACAAGCUCCUUGAGGUUUACUGUCGCACUGACAAGAAAUGUAUUUGUCUGCUAUGUAUGAUGGGUGAACAUAAAAAUCACGACACUGUAUCGGCUGCAGAACAGAGAACAGAAAAGCAG